CCAAUCAGCGAGGUCGCCCAGCGAGUUCUCCCCAUACUUCUGCUUGCUGUGGGCCGAGCGGUGCUGUCUACAAGGAAUGAGCGGUGGUGUCUGCAAGCUGCAUGUCUCCGCUGUACUCAGGGCAGCGGUCCUAAAGUUAGCAGGUCGUGGAUAUCAACAUGGACAUCUUGAAAAUGUGUGUUUUGUCUGUGAGAAGAAUCAGUCUCUGGACAGUCCAUGUCUUUGCCAUCACUUACCUACUGCCCGUUAAUGCAGACAUUAUAGCAUACACCGCUGACAAUGUGUCGAAGUCAUUUGAAGACCUUCCUGCGCGUUUUGGCUAUAGGCUUCCCAGUGAUGGCCUAAAGGGGUUUUUGGUGAUAUCCAAGCCAGAGAAUGCUUGUGAACCCAUCGCACCCCCACCAGUGGAGAAGGACAACAUUUCUAGCGUUUAUAUAGUACUCAUCCGCAGACUGGACUGCAACUUUGACCUCAAGGUGUUGAACGCACAGAAAGCAGGAUACAAGGCUGCAGUGGUUUACAAUGUCGACUCUGAUGACCUUAUCAGCAUGGGGUCCAAUGAUGUUGACAUUCUCAAGAAAAUUGACAUUCCAUCAGUGUUUGUUGGAGAGGAGUCUGCAAAGAUUAUGCGAGACCAAUUUACUUGGGAUAAAGGUGCAUACAUUGAAUUGAUGCCCGAUGGAAACCUUCCUUUGGAAUACUACUUGAUACCAUUUCUAAUCAUUGUUGGGAUUUGUCUGGUGCUAAUCGUCAUUUUUAUGAUCACUAAGUUUGUGCAAGAUCGACACCGAGCAAGAAGGAACAGACUGCACAAAGACCAGUUGAAAAAACUACCCAUUCAUAAAUUUAAGAAAGGUGAUGAAUAUGAUGUGUGUGCAGUUUGCCUGGAUGAGUAUGAGGAAGGGGAUAAGCUGCGAGUAUUGCCAUGUUCACAUGCUUAUCACUGCAAAUGUGUUGACCCAUGGUUAACAAAAACAAAGAAAACGUGCCCUGUCUGCAAGCAAAAGGUUGUCCCAUCCCAUGGAGAUUCUGAGUCUGAUUCGGACAGCAGCCAAGAAGAUAAUGAUGUUUCAGAAAAUACCCCUCUACUGCGACCUGUGCCAUCUGCCAGCACCCAGUCAUUUGGAGCAAUAUCUGAAUCGCGCUCUCAGCAGAGCAUAGUGGAGUCAUCUGAUGAAGACGAUGGUGACGAUGACGCAGAUGACGAUGACGCAGAUGACAGUGACAGCAGUGAUGAAGAGCACAACCCUGGAACUGUGGUGGUGCAGCUCCAGCACAACUUGGAAAGAGAUUCUCAAGAACGGAAUACUGUUUAAUUAUUAAAUGGCAUAAUUUGUGAAAAGUGCUUGACGCAUCUGAUGCUAUGUAAUAAUCUUAUUUUUCACCACAACAAAAGGUCUUUAAUAAAUGACCUAAAUACCGCCUAUUAAGUCUUGAGGUUGCAGGCAAACUUAAAAGAAAUUUUACAGAAUAUUGAAUAAGAAAAGCUGCUAGGUGAUGAAAGCUUUACUAGUAGUAGUGGACACUAGGGAUAAGACAUGGACACGAUCAAACCGUAUCUGCAUGCGUUUUUUCUUAGCACUGAAACAUCUCAUGGGCUUCUAAGCACAGAUUAGAGGUGCAGCAUUUCAAUGUAUACGCUUUGCUAUGCACAAUGGACAUACUUUUGAAGACUAGGUUUGCAGGAGGAAUGACAUACAAAGAAGUGACAAGUGUGGCAUGAUGCACAAACCCAUUUUCUAGGUAAAGUGCGGGUUUAAAAUGCUACCAAUACAAUAGAUAGGUCAGACUUAUAAUUUUAACUAUUUAUUAUGCAGCUUAGUUAUUUGCUUUUACAGCAGAUCUUACGAGCAGUGCUUAUAAAGACAUACGUAUUUUCUUCAAUCUGUUAAAUAAAAAAUAAAAUAAAUAAUCUCUCUUUGGAUGAGAGUAUAUUUUAAGGUUUUCAACUUUCUAUAAUUUCUCUGGAUUUAUGCACUUUGGGCAGGAGCCUAUACUCAAGAACUUAUCUACUGUACUAUGAAGGUUAUAUUAAUGUAGAAAGUCAUUAUACCUGUGUAAAAUUAAACCUUUUUAUAUCACAUUAUGUAAAGUAUCAAAAUAAAAGCUCAAUUUCCCACUUGA